AUGGAAGAUGGAGUCACUUGUGCGUCGACAUCACCGGUGAAGGCGUCGCUGCUGUUCACGAACCGGUACUACAUCCGUCGCGUGGGUCUGGAUGGGGGCGCCACUGAGGUGUUAGCCCACAACAUGAGUAACGCGGUGGCACUGGACAUGGACUACGCCCGUGGCUGCCUCUACUGGAGUGACGUCACACGACUCGCUUCCACCAUCCGUCGCGCCUGCCGACUACCGCCCGCACCUGCCCCCGUCUCCGCCACCGCCCCGCUCACGCCCGCGCCCUAUCAGGUGAGCGAAUACAAACUACUUAUUUGA